CUGAUGGUUUAUUUUCAAUCUGCGUGCAAUCAAGUGAUAUUGCCCAAGACCGCACGAGAGAGCGGGUUCGGCAAGGCUGCAGGGGAGCGCGACGAGUUUAAUUGGCGUCAUCUCGCUCACGGGCAGCCGGCCAAUGAGGCAGCACGUGCCCCUGACAGGGAAGCGGCGGCUAGCCUGCACGAAGCCCGAAGGAAUUGGCCCUGCCCGCUGCGUGUGCUGUGGCCCUGAGUGGUGCGCUGCCGUCACUGUGGUGUAGUCGGUAGCAGUCGAUCGAAUCGUCGUGCCUGCCCUACCCUACCUUUGUCGCCGCCCUGCUCUUUCCCUUCCUCACCUCGCUCUGGUCUCGACUACCUCUCUCUCCACCUUUCCUCCUCCUCCUCCUCCUCCUCCUCCUCACCACCACCACCGCUACCAGCACAUCCCCCGCGAUCUGGCUGCUGUCUGCCCUUCCUUCAUCAGACGCAGUCCUCGCCCACAUUCAUUACACCUAAUCCCGCUCUUUAUACCCUGAUGUAUAGUGCCUAUUAGUCCGCUUGCCUGUACCGCCUUGUUUGUGCUGCCCAUCCAUAUACAUAUACACACACAACAAGCGCGUCGAACCACAUUCCGCAACCACGCAGACAAGCCUCCCUUUCUUGCGCCACUCUGUAUAUACCCGGAAACUUUGCGCCAUCCAGCCCUAAUAUCAUUAUUAUAAUUCACCACCAUGGUCCACCCGCACCCCUUCGGCCAUUCGCACUUGGUCCGUCGCCAGCGCCAUCGCCAGCAAGAGGAGAAUGAAGACGACGAGAAUGUCGUCGUCGUUGUGACAACUUUGAAGAACACCUUCACCGGCGACGUCGUCUUUGUUACCCAGACCCCAGUGUCCUUGAUCCCUCCCAUGACGCAGCCCGAUUCCGAGCCCACUGUUACCUCGCCGCCCCGGAGACCCGCCAGCAGCAGCAGCAAGGAAGAGGAGGAGAGCGAGCCCGAGGAGACCGCUAAGCCAUCUUCCUCCGCCUCCACCUCUGCCUCUGAGAAAUCGUCGCCAUCAAGGGCUGCUGCUACUUCGUCGCCUUCCUCCAUUGCCUCUUCAACGGGACUUGCAGCUGUUGCAAGCUCCACCGCUGGAACCACGGCACGCGCUUCCGUCUCUUCAGCACCGAGCCCUACUACAUCCGCUGCUGCUGCUGAAAGCAGUGACAAUGGCGGCAUGUCUGGCGGUGCUAAAGCUGGUCUCGCUCUCGGUAUCCUUAUCGGUGUUGGUGCUCUCCUAGUCGGUAUCUUGUUCAUGUACCGCAAGAAGAAGAAUGCUCAGGCAGGAAAGAACGACGACGAUGAAAAGUUUGCCAUGCAGAACGCCCCUCAACCGCCCGCGCCUCAGGUCACCACCAUGCCUGCUUUCAACGAACCCAUUCAAUCGACUUCUCCGUCUACCGCACCUCAAUUGAGCCUUCGACCCGUUACCCAAUUCGAUCCGGCCCUUCCAAACGGCGGCCUCGCAGCAACAGCAGCAGUGCCGCUUGCUGGCUCAACUGAUCGCUCUGCGUCCCCUAAUCAAGGUCACAGUGCAUGGGAACGUCCUGGGACUGCCAAUGCUGCCAACGCACCCGCCAAUCCGUUCAACGACCCGCAGCCACCACGAUCCAACAGUCCCGCUCAAAAUCCGUUCGAAAACAGUGCUGCUAUUCCGUUGUCGCCUACCUCGCCCAUGGCUGCUAACAGUGCCACGCAACCCAACGCCAACUUUGCCAAUCCUGCUCCCGCUAUCGCUGCCGCGGCGGCAGUCGCUGCCGCAGCUCCUGCAGCCCGAUCCGCUCAAGCACCCAAGGAGCCUGCCAGCCCCGCCUGGACCGAUGAUAUUCCUGCUUCUCCCGGACCCGCCCCCUCUGGACCUUUGCCCAUUGCAGCCAAUGCUCGUCCCAGAAAUGGUCCAGCUCCUGGACCCAAUAACGUCCACCGUGUACAGCUCGACUUCAAGCCCUCCAUGUCCGACGAACUUGGUCUACGCGCCGGUCAACUUGUUCGCAUGCUUCACGAGUACGAUGAUGGCUGGGCUCUCUGCGUGCGCAUGGACCGCUCCCAACAGGGUGUAGUCCCCCGUACCUGUCUCUCCAAGUUGCCCGUCAAACCUCGCACUGGUCCACCUCGACAACAGACUCCACCGGGCGGGCCGGGAUCCCCUCGUAUGCGUGGCCCACCACCGCCCUUGGGAGCGCAACCUCGACCUCUGUCUCCGGCAAGCGGACGCAAUUCCCCGCACCCGCCCAUGCUUUCAUCAGGUAACGGCCGCAUGUCUCCGGGCCCACGUACUAUGAGUCCGGGACCCAACCGUCAACAGCAACCCCCGCAAGGCCGCAACCGUUCUCACAGCAAUGCGCCUCGCGCUGCUUCUCCCGGCCCUCAUUCCAUGGCCCCACCUCAGAUGGGACGUCCCCGUUCCAAUUCUGCUGGCGGCGCUGCCCGUCGUGAGCCGCAGCAGGGCCAUGGACCUAGUCCCAUGAACCCCAACGCGGCCGCGAACGCCAAUGUGAAUGCUAGCGCACCCAUGCCGACCAGAAAACCACUGCCGGGUCAAGCCAUAUGA